GCUAACUGGCUAGCAGGGUGGCUUCAGUCUCUGGUUCAACUGCGGUCACAGCGUAACGGCACUCAUAGUAAGUCAAGUGAAGUCGAAAAGCUUUAAGGUAACAGCUAGUUGACUGCUACUAGAAGCAAAACAACACAUCAAGAAGCGAUAACCUGGUGCUGAUUUUUCCCCACUUUUGGCUGUAGCAAUAUUGAGCAAUGGAGUUUCCAGAUCUAGGAGAGCACUGCUCUGAAAAGUCCUGCAAGCGCCUAGAUUUCCUUCCAAUGAGAUGCGAUGCCUGUGAAGAGAUUUUCUGUAAAGACCACAUCACCUAUGCAAAUCACAAAUGCAUGUCAUCCUACAAGAAGGAUAUUCAGGUCCCUGUGUGUCCUUUAUGCAACACUCCCAUCCCCAUUAAAAGAGGAGAGAUGCCUGACAUUAAAGUUGGUGAACACAUCGAUCGGGAUUGCAAAUCCGACCCAGCUCAGAGAAAGAGAAAGAUUUUCACAAAUAAAUGUUCGAGAGGAGGCUGCAAGCAGAAGGAAAUGAUCCGGGUGACAUGUGACCAGUGUCAUUUAAAUUACUGUCUUAAACACCGGCACCCACUAGACCAUGAUUGUAAGACUGAUGGCAAACCAGUCUCCAAAUCCGGACACGCUGCGUUAAUGAGGGCCCAGGGUGCCUCCGCUGUCACUUCGUCUGGGUCUAGUUCAUCUGCUCAAGGGAGCACUAGACCUGUUUCUAAUGGUGUGAGUGCAAGUAACAGGAGCCAAAACAGUGGCCCUGUGCCACGGAUCCCGACUUCAGUUUCAGCCCCUGCAGCGCAGAAUGUAAUACCACCGUCGGCAUCAUUUCAGGCUGGCCUGACGGAGGAACAGGCUUUACAAAGGGCUCUGGAGAUGUCUUUGGCUGAGUCAAUGCGCACUGUUCAGCCGACCCUCAGCCCUCAGGAGCAGGAGGAUCUGGCUCUGGCUCAGGCUCUGGCUGCCAGUGAAGAGGAAUACCGGCGCCAACAGCGGAGACAACAGGUACCCGGAAAGCUUAGCCGCCACUAGCAUGCUAACAGGAACACACCUAGGGGAGAGAGUCUAAACCCUCAACCUGCAGCCUUUCAUAAACUUGGACCACCGUCUCGGCCACAAGUCGCUGUUAUAACGUCCUAGAUACCGCACAUUUGGGGAAGCCCAUGUCCAGCAGCUCCAUAACACUGACUCUUACAAUGGAGGGAUCAUUCUUCGGAAAUUGCUGAGAUAAUACCGCCUUCUAUACUUUAAGCACAUAUGUUCCCAGCAGGAUCUGUUAUUUUUACCAGUGAUUUGCUCUGUACAUAUUUUAUAUGCCGAUCAUGAAACGAUAUAUAACCAUGAAUGAUUCUUGAAUAAAUUAUUUCAAAGAUGCACUCUGA